GAACUUAGCUCAAUGUUCACAUCGUUGCAGUAGUUGUCAACCAACUUCGGCGAAUCCAGUACAAGAUCGACUGUUUGUUUAAACAGAAGUUUAAUUUUCACGAUCGAUUUGAAAACAAAUUUAAAAAGCGUGGGUGUAAACAUACCAUACUCAAAUAAUGGUCGAUUACAGCAAGUGGAAGGAUAUUGAAAUUUCAGACGACGAAGAUGAUACUCAUCCUAACAUUGAUACACCAUCCUUGUUUAGAUGGCGUCAUCAAGCAAGAUUGGAACGAAUGGAAGAAAGAAAACGGGAACAUGAGGAACAUGAAAGGAAAAAGGCAGAACAUAAGCAAAAACUUAAAGAUACAAAAGAAAAGCUUGCGAGGUUAGAGAGCGAGCAAAAGGAUUCCGCAGAUUUAACCGCGUUAAAAAAAGUUUUGCAAGACCUUGAAGAAGAAGAGAAACAAAUUAAAGCGAGAGAAGAUGAAAUGAAUAAAAAGGAAAAGUUGACACCAUGGAACGUAGAUACGAUUGGUCAAGAUGGGUUUACAAAAACUGUAAUAAACACAAAACCAGCACGAAGUGACGACGAUUCCGGUUUCUCAGAUGAAGAGAAGGAGAAAAGAAUGAAGCAAUUCGUAAAAGAAAAUGAAAAAAAGUUAAAAGAAUUCGGUAUGCUUAGAAGAUACGACGAUAGUAAGAAAUUUUUGUUGGAUAAUCCGCAGAUAGUUUGUGAGAAUACGGCAAAUUAUUUAGUUAUUUGGUGUAUUAAUCUAGAAAUGGAAGAAAAACACGACUUAAUGGAACACGUGGCUCAUCAAUGCAUAUGCAUGCAAUAUAUAUUGGAAUUAUCGAAACAACUAGAUGUUGAUCCUAGAGCUUGCGUUAGUUCCUUUUUCAGCCGUAUACAAAUUGCAGAAGUAGAAUACAAAAAUUCUUUCGACGACGAACUUAGAGCAUUUAAGGAUAGAAUAUGCAAACGUGCUGCCGAGAAAGUUGCAGAUGCACUUAGGGAAGCAGAAGAAGAAGAAAGAAAAGCAAGGCUUGGGCCCGGUGGUCUUGAUCCGAUUGAAGUUUUCGAAAGUCUUCCAAAGCCCUUACAAAAAUGUUUCGAAGCACAAGACAUACCGUUAUUGCAACAAACAAUAGCUGCCAUGCCAGAAGAAGAAGCCAGAUAUCAUAUGAAACGUUGUAUCGAUAGUGGUCUUUGGGUACCAGAUGCUAAAGCUAAAGAAAAAGAAGAACAAGAACAGAAAGAAAAUGAAGAAACCACGGGUACACCCGAUCCAGAAUAACACUUUGAACUGAGCUCCGCUUUUGCAUCUAUAUUUUUUGUUUUUCUCUUUGUUAAGAUACUGCUUGACUUAAGUCAUAUUUUAUAGAUUUACAAUAGAUUAAUUAAAAUAAAAUUAUUUGCAGCAGAUAAAACGAGGAUAAUUCUAUCCUCUAUAUGAUUUAUCUAAAAAAGAAUCAUACGAAUCAUUUUCAUAACUAACUAAAACCUAGCUAAAAAUUCAGCCGAUUAAUAUCGGAGAGUGAGAUUUGUUUCUUACAAUUAAAAAUUUUUAUCGGAAGACUACUUAAAACUUUUUAUUGGAAUUCUUUCAUUCGAUACAAGAUGGUAAAAGUGCAAAAUUACGAUUAUUAGUCCAAUAUAGCAACAGUACUUUCCUUUCGCGGUAUAUUCAUCAUUGUACUUUGAAUGUAAUUCGUAAAAAAAAAAAAAAAAAAAAAAAAAAAAACCAGUAUUAAGAAAAGAGCGUUCUAUAUGUAUAUACUAAUCUUAAAGUGUAUAGAAUAUAUGUACAUAUAUUCUUUAUGCUAUCGUGUUUCAUCAUUUCUGCAUUUUAUGACUUUCUGACCAAUAUGUAAUAUGUACAUUACACAAUGUAUAUCGUUGCAUAUGAAUUGUGUAAAUAAAUAAAUCUUUAUUGACCAAA